CACAAACAUGGCGGAUGAUUCAGAAAAUAGAGGAAAUACAUACAGAUCUCCGAUGAAAAGGACAUCAAGGAUCAGGAAAAAGAAUCAAAGAUUUUACAAUGAUGAUGAAGACACAACAUACUCGCCUGCCAAAUCACCACGGAAACAACCCAGAACUAUAGCUGCUAAAAGUGGUUUGAGUACAGCAGAUAGAAAAGUAGCACAGUCAAUUGGUGUCAGACUCAGAAACUUCCUUAAAUUACCUAAGGCACACAAAUGGGUGUGUUAUGAAUGGUUUUAUUCUAAUCUUGACAUACCAUUGUUUCUGGCAGAGAAUGACUUCUGUAUUUGUUUAAAGGAAACAUUUCCACAAUUAAAAAGCCACAAAAUGAAGAGAGUGGAAUGGUGUAAGAUCAGAAGACUUAUGGGAAAACCAAGAAGAUGUUCUCCAGCUUUUUUCGAUGAAGAAAGAAAUGCUUUAGAAACAAGAAGAAAUAAGAUAAGAUUAUUACAACAAAGAAAAUUAUCAGAACUCAGUAAUUUUAAGGACCUUCCCAAUGAAAUCCCAAUGCAUUUAGUAAUCGGUACAAAAGUUACAGCUCGUUUAAGGAAGCCCCAAGAUGGUUUGUUUACUGGUGUUGUAGAUGCUUUAGAUACAGUAUCAAACUCCUACAGAAUAACAUUUGACAGACCUGGAUUAGGAACUCAUUCUAUACCAGAUUAUGAAGUUUUAAGUAAUGAUCCUGAUGAGACCAUACCAUUAUCGGCAUUUCAACAAAAACACAGACCGCGGCUACAGAAUCCAUUGUUUUCUCCUCCUAAGUUUGUUCCAAGCCUUGGAUCACCAAAUCCUGAUUUAGAUAAUGAUCCUUUACUAAGUGGUUCACCAUUCAAAGGGAGAUUAAUGAGUUUAGAAGGAGGAACGUACGGCGGAUUUCCUAUUAAGUUUCUUGUACAAGUUACUAAGUUGUCAAAACUUUUAACAAUUAAGAAGCAAUGGAUACAGGAAUUAAAGGAUAUGAAUACUCAAGCUGAGAAGACAAAGUCUUUCCAGCAGCCUCUUUCUCAGGACUUCCAACAGAAAUAUGCCAACAUAGUGUUAGAGUUGGACAAUGUCAAUAAAGAAUUAAAUGAAUACUUGAUUGGUGUGCAACACUACUGUCAAGAGUUAGCACCAGAGCAAGGAUUAACACCAUUUGAUCAGCCAUCAGAAAUCAGAAAACGAUGUGACGAACAGGCUGAGGAAAUGGUUGAUAGAAUCAGUCAGAAUAUGUUCCACAGUAAAAAGACAAAGAAUCACAAAGUCAUCGAUCUCAUUUCUAGUCUCACCUCUCUCAUGUUACAAGUACAAACAUUUUCAGAAACAGAAUUUAACUCAUUUGAAUUCAAAUCAUUGCAAGACACACUACUUGAUAUUAAAGGCAAGCUGGAUGGUAACAGUAUUAAUGCCUUUAAGAACAAUGUAGAGAUACAUAUCAAUCAUAUACAGAGUGGACUUAGUCAGAUGGGAAAUCUUCAUGCCUUUGCUGCUACAAGUAAACUCAACCUUUGAACUUCUCUCAUCUUAACAGUAAAGCUGUCAUCUUGUUGUAAAUUGGAUUGGAAUCAGAGAUCUCCAACAUGAAAUACAGUUUGGAUUACAUUACAUUCUUCAACUUGAACCUUAGAUGGAUAUGACUGCCAAUUUAUUUUUCAGCCAUUCAAUACACAUAUACAUGACAGUUGUGAUUACUUACAGGAAUUUUUAUAAUAUUGUUAGAAAUGACUGCUUUACAUCAAAAAGCUAUAAAUCAUUGUUGAUAAGCCUCAUAAGGACAAAUGAUUUUUCUUGAUUUCUCUAGGACUUUAAUACCAACAUACUAAGAAUUGUUAUUAAGUCCAUUAGUUAGAAUUAGUUCAAGAUAAACACAUGCACAUUUGAAUUGUUAAUUAUGAAAUUAUAGAAAACAAUUAAUCAUGAUAUUUCCAUCUCACAGUUAUCAUUUACAUAUAGACAUAAUGUUGUGACUUGUCAAAUUAUUUUUUUUUGGAAAAUAGAUCUCUAGUUGAAAAAAUUGUGUGUUAUAGCCAACUUUGAUGCAUGUCUCAAAAUCAGACAAAGAAAGGAAUUAAGGGCAUUUACAUUGACUUAUUGUGAAACAUUUGAGAGUAGAAUUGUGUAAAAUUAUUAUGCAUUUUUUGACAAAACAUCAUAUUUUUAUACUAUCUAACAUUGCUGCCAUGUUGAAACAGAGCAAGUUAUUAGAUUCAAGAUUCAAAUGCUUUUUUAACCUCUGACACAUAUGUGUACAAGAUGUAACAAUUUGCAAAAUCAUGAUAUACAUGUACUUGAAAAAAUGAGAAAUCUUACUAUUUUAAAUAUUGAAUAAAUUAAAAAAUAGAUUUAAACAAUUGAUAAUAUGGUAAUUUAUUUCAUAAAAAAAAUCUUAAUGUGCCAAAGAAUUUAUCUGUUUCUUCUUUAAAUUUGUUUUUGUAACUACUUAUUGUGAAAGAAAUAAACCUUUCCACAGAAUCAUUUGCAGUUUACCUCUCGAUUUAAAUUUUAUAAGUUCACUUGUCUCAUUGAUUAAAUACAAUAGCUGUUGUUCUCUGAGGAACCUUUGAAUUUCUUCUAAGAGAAAAUCCAUCACUCAUUGAUAAUUUACCUGAAGAAAAAGAUUAUCUUCUAAGUAGAUGCAAAUUCAUGAAUCAACUCACAAAACUGCAUAUGAUGUUGUCUUUAUGUAUUUUUUUUUUUUUUUUGUGUGUGUUCGAGAAAUAAAAACUAGAAAAUGAUAAUGAUUAAAUUAAGGCCUUCUUAAAUUUAUUCUACGAGUAAACAAACACAAAAAAAACUGCAAAUUUCAAUAGGAACACUGUUGAAAAAUUUGUCAGAAAUAAACUUUUUAUGAUUAAAUCAGUGUUUAUAUUGAACAGAUUAAAAAUAUGUUAGGAGAAAUUUAAAGGGCCCAUUGAAUAAACUCCACUGAGAACAAUACCUGUUGUAUAAUUCUUCAUUGACCAAAAAUUUAUCGACACAGGUAAAGCUACUCAAACUGGGGAAAUGUUUUAUUUCCUUUGCAAUAACAGACUUGCUUAAGUGGGAUACUAUUGCAUUUAUUGUAACGUAAUUAUUUUUUUGCCAGUUUUUUUUGUUUUUAGAACUUUAAAUAUUUAGUGCAGUUGAAUCUGAAAAUGUUGAUAAAAUUGUUCACAAAAACACUGUAUCAACUACAUAAACGUCUUUAUCGCCAGUACUUUUAUGCUCAACCAAAGUAUUUAGAAAUGUACAUAAUACAAUAUUGUACUUAUAGUUAAGUUUUUUUUAGGGGUCUUGCCAAUUUUUGGCAUGGUAAACUAGGCAGACACUAGCCAGUAGACCUUAUAUUUUUGAUUCCCGCCAUGUAGGGUUUAACUAUUUCAUGAACUUUCUUAGUCAUUAAUUAUCAGUGUUGGAUUAUGUGCCCCUGAAAGUAUAUAAAGCUUUACACUUAUAUGAAUUAUUAAAACCUGCAAGUACAAUUGAUCCCGGAUCCUGCUUAUUGUUUUGUAAGAAUCCCGUAUCCCGCUUAUUGUUUUGUAAGAAUCCUGUAUCCUGCUUAUCAUUGUAUGAAUAGUGAUUGAAAUUUCACAUGUCCUGCCCGUUUUCUUUUCUAGUUUUCACGCAAAAUAAUGUGACUUUCACGUGUCACGCUUACAAAAAAUCAGCCAAUCCCGCAUCACACUUAGACCCCAAUGAGACCCACUACCUUCUUUCCCCAAUAUUUGAAAUUAUUCAUUGACAGCUAUUUAACUAAAGGGAGGUAUACCUGCUUCAAUAACAUGUACUACUAUAUCUUGUGGGGAUUUAUUAACUAAGUUUUUGGCAAUACAAAUGGUAGAUCUCGUGUUGCAAGUCCACUCCUUACACUACUAUACAUUUUUUUAUUCAAAGUAUAUCAGUUUGUGUAUAGAACUACUACAAUAAAUAUAUGUUCAUGUGUAUAGAAUCCAGUACUGUAAGUUAAUGACCAUUAAAACAGUUGUGUGUUUUAUUUGUUCUAUAUUUUGUUAAGUUUGAUGUAUGUUUCGUUCAUUAUACAUGCAAUAAAUGGUGAAUAAAAUAAUAAUCUCUGU